AUGGAGAUGGCGACAGCAGCCAGCACCGCACGGCCUCGGCGCCUGCUGCUCCUGCUGGCACCGCUGCUGCUGGCCUCCCUCCUGACGCCCAGUCUGGCCGUCUCAGACCCCGGGCUGCCCACCGAGCUCGGCGCCGACUGGGACUGGGAGUUCCUGAGCCUGUGGCCCAGACUGCUGCACAUCCGGCGCCAGUUCGACCGGCACGGCUUCCCUGUGAAAAAAGACGUUCGGUCAGACACGGCGGCAGGCAACAGCACCGGGUCAGGUGUGUCACUCCCCCUGCUGUUCGUCCCCAGGUGUGUAACUCUCUCUGCUCUCCGUCCUCAGGUGUGUAACUCUUUCUGCUCACCGUCCUCAGGUGUGCUGAAGACACUGGAGUUGGAAGAUGAAGACGGCGUCUCCCAGACAGCAGAGGCCGCUCGCCGACGUGCGCACGAGCCCACGCCGCGAGACGAGGCGGUCGCCCGCACUCUCGGGCCGUUUAUCACGCCGAUUGCCAGCCCGCAGCUCAGUGCCGAGUGCUACACUGACACGAGGAAGUAUCUGAGCAGCAUCUUCAGUGAGCCGUGGGCUCUGCGCAUGUUCGACGCCACCGGAAAACUACCGGACGGCAUACUGAGCGGCAACCUGUUCCCGUGGGGAAACUGGGACGAGUGUCUCAAUACGACAGCAUACUACACGACAACCAAGCCCAUCACGGGAAAAAUAGUUGAGCAUACCUUCUCGGGAAAAUAUUGUUCAGUAUUCCUUUCUAAGACGUUUGGUCCAAUUUCCAAUGGACCUGCUACAUUAUCAAGAAAUCAUAUAGGCUUAGCACCGCUUAUUCCAGUUCUUCCGACUAGAUUAUAUUCAGCCGGUGUUUGCAUUCCGUCUAGCUGCACAAGUCUGGAGCUACUUAUAGGCCUUAACGCAGCUUUGCAUGCUCAAGGAGUUACAGCUGCUACCACCGAAAACAUGUGCCACACGCAAGACGAGAAGAAUGAACUUACACCGGAAGCCAUUGUCAUGAUAAGCAUUCUUUCGUUGGUGGCAUUCUUCAUGCUGGUGGGAACGAUACUUGACGUACUGACUGCCAAGUUUGCCGAUUGGAAGCCCAGUUUGUGGGUGAAACGCCUGCCUCAGACACUUUUCAAAGUCUUCACUGCGUUUUCAGUGUACACCAAUGGACGGAAACUGCUGGACACUUCAACCACUAAGGACACAUUGAGCUGUUUGCACGGCAUCCGCUUUUUCUCAAUGACGUGGGUCAUACUCGGACAUACCUAUUUGUUUUCAACAUUAUUUGAAAACCAGAACACGUACAAAGUAUUGACGUACUUCGGAGACUGGUUUUUCGGGACCAUCGCUAAUGCAAGUGUGUCCGUUGAUUCUUUUUUCUUUCUAAGUGGUCUUCUGGUGGCGUACAUCGCCAUGCGCAACAUCGAAAGAGCAAAUGGUAAGCUGAACAUAGUGAUGUACUACGUGCACCGAUACAUCAGGCUCACACCAGUCUUGAUGGCCGUGAUCGGAUGCGUGGCCACACUGGAAACAUACCUCGGAUCCGGGCCCUGGUGGAGCAUCGCUUCCUCUGGCUUCAGCAACUCCCAAACCUGCCGCGAUAACUGGUGGAAGAAUAUGUUGUACAUCAAUAAUCUGGUAGAUAUGGAGCGUCAGUGCGUGGCCCAGACCUGGUACAUGGCCAACGACAUGCAGAUGUUCCUGUUCUCGCCUCUUGUUCUUCUCCCUCUCUACCACUGGCCGGUGCUGGGACAGCUGUGGAUCAUCCUUCUCGUCUGUUUCUUCACCGGCAUCAAUGCCAUGGUAACAGCCAUUCACAAGCUCGGUCCGACCGCCUCGCUGCCUGGUGGGGACGAUGUCAACCUGCGCUACAUGAAGCCGUGGACGCGGGCGGGUCCGUACCUGGUCGGCCUCUACAUGGGCUGGGUGUUGCACAAGAUCCGCGGUCGGAAGAUCGUCCUUCCGGUGCCCGUGGUGGCCAUUGGCUGGCUGACGGCCUCGCUCACCGGCUGUCUGAUCGUGUACGGUCUCUUCGACCAGCCGACCGUGCCGCCCCAGGCGACCAACAUCAUCUACCCCAUGCUCAGCCGCACCGCCUGGAGCGUCUGCCUGGCCUGGGUGGUGUUCGCCUGCGUCACUGGCUACGGCGGCGUUGUCAACUCUAUAUUGUCGUGGAAGGCGCUCAUUCCGCUCAGUCGCAUAACGUACACGUCAUAUCUCGUCUCCAUAGACGUGCAGGUGGUCUACUGGCUGGGUAACAAGUCGCCGCAGUACCUGGAUCACCUGGUGCUGGUGUACCAGUUCCUGGGAUCGCUGCCAGUCAUAUUCACCAUUGCCACCAUGUUCUCGCUGGCGUUCGAGUCUCCGAUGCUGGCGUUGGAGAAGCUGAUGUUUCCACAACGCAAGGCGCCACCCACCGCCACCGCCAAAGGACCUUCUUCUAGCGGGGUCUCCUCAACGGACGCCAAACUCGGUCCGCCGGAAGGGCUGGGGCACAUCAACAAGGCCUUUGACGGUGACACAGGUGAUACUUCAACAUCCGGAAAACUGCAAAAUGGACGCCCCAUCGCUGAAGUCACUGAAGAAGCAACAGCGAAGGAAUGAUGGCACCAGUUAGAGUGAGAACUAGGACGGAUUAGACUCAGUGUUAUACCAAGAGCCAUGGGGAUCAACAUAGUCACAAAUGAGCUUUAUUUAUGAGAUGUCAAUAUAUUACAGUGUUCAA